AUGGGUUUGUUAACAGACCCUCGAGCAGGGAAUAUGAAAAUAAUAAAAUUUAUUUUACAAUGGCAAAAACUAAUAUGUUUUCUAAUGUAUAUUGCCGGUGUAACAUGGAUUUCAGUUUUAGCCCUGCCUGUUUUUAAUGACAAUACAUAUUUUUCUGAGAAUGCAUUAUUACCUGGCUUAGUAACUAAACAAAGUAAUUUAGAUGCCAGUGCAAAACAAUUUCACCAGGAAUUACUUCAUGAAAUGAAACGAUAUCCUGAUGGGAUGCCUUAUUCCUGGAUUUUAGCUAAGAUGAAUCAAUUACAUUUAGAUGUUUAUACUCACAAUUUUACAUUGAAUUAUCCAUUCAAAAAACAACAGUUUCUGGGACAAAAUGUUUAUGGAAUUGUUCGAGCACCUAAAGCGGCCAGUACUGAAGCAAUUAUUGUCAGUGUACCUUAUAGGCCGAUUAGCAAGCAAAAAUAUUGGGCAAAAGACAUAGUAUUCCUUGUAACGGAACAUGAGCAAUUGGGUAUGCAAGCUUGGUUAGAUGCUUACCAUGGAGUUGUAAGUGGACAAGAGGAUGUGUUAAUACCAGGAGAUUUAUCAGGGCGAGCUGGCUCCAUUCAAGCUGCAAUAAAUCUUGAAUUACACGCUAUGAAAAUUUCAUACAUUGAUGUUAAAGUUGAAGGCUUGAACGGUCAAUUACCAAACUUAGAUCUAUUUAAUCUCGCUCAAAAUAUGAUUAAAAAAGAAGAAAUACGUCGAUCAUUUCAACAAAAGUUUGAUAUUUAUCAUAGAGAUAAAUUCAAAAGAUGGUGGUAUUAUUUCAAUACUUUAUCAUCAAUGAUUUUAACUCAAGCAACUGGAGUACCAACUGGAAAUCAUGGUUUAUUUCAUAGGUAUGGUAUUGAAGCAAUUACUCUCGAGGGUUUUGAAAGAACUCACGAGAGAGGAAAUGAGGCAAAUUUUAAUCAACUAGGAAGAGUAGUUGAAAGUAUUAUCAGAUCGUUGAAUAACUUACUGGAGCGUUUUCAUCAGUCAUUUUUCUUUUAUUUAUUGCCAUCAACUGAUCGAUACAUUUCUAUUGGACUAUAUAUGCCAUCUUUGGUAUUAAUCGUCGGUAGUUUAUUUAUAAAAGCAUUUUCUAUGUGGUUAAAAUUACAAGAUUUACCAACGAAUUCUGAGAAGGACAAAACUAGCAAAGCUAAAUCCACGAACAACCAAGAAAAACCAGCAGAAGAUUUUCAAGUGGGAAAUUUAGCAUCAGAAUUAUUAUGGUGUCAUUUAUUUGGUGUAGCAGUAAUGUCUUCGCCUAAACUAAUAACGUCAUUAGGAUUGCAGUUAUUUAAUUUAAAAACUGAAGAUUCUGUUUAUUAUGGAUUUGCUACUAUGACACUUGUCAUGUUAAUGUGGUUCUUUUUUACAAAAAGGUCAUCAAGGUACGAAAAUACAUCACUUAUAUGCGUCGUCGUACUUGUAGAAUUGGCAACAACUUUGAUGUGUAUUGGGAUGCAUAAUUUUUCACUAGCAUUACUCAUAAGUAUUAUUUACGUACCAAUUAUUCUUUUUAUCAAUCCAAGAAAAAAAGAAUCAAAAUCAAAUUUUAGGAAGUUAUUGUAUUUUUUUUGGACAUUACUCCAUCCAUUCGUAAUUGUAUCUUUAAUUGUGAUGGGAUAUACCUUUGUACAUUUUUCUGAAGACCCAAUUAUGGAAAUAUUGAAGAAAGGAAUAGACGCUUCAAAAAAAUCAUUUGUAUUUAGUAUUAUAGAUUCUAUGAUUUAUGGAAAUUGGCUGUAUAAUGUAGCAGCAAGUGUAUUAUUUCCAAUUUGGCUUAUAUUAUCUAAUGUAAUUGCGUCUAAAACUGAUUAA